AUGAUGGAGAGGUGGAUCAAAGCUCUCAAGACCAUGGUGCAGGUGCUCUGCAUCACGCAGCAGGAGCUCCGCGCCAAGCGGCCGCCGGCCGUCGGCGGGGUAAGGAAGGCUAUCUGGUACUUGAUGCUGCUGGCCACCGGAAAAAUGACCGAGCGCGAGCAGGAGGUGGCCCAGUUCGUGCGGUUUGCGGAGGCAAGCGUCCUCAGGAUGCUUGACUUCGUGGACGCCGUGGCUGACGCCGUUCUAAAAGACGACCACGCGCCCGAGACGCUCCCGGGGAUGUUGCAGGUGUACACCUGCGUCGUGGAUGACUCGCCGGCCGUCCUGGCCCUGUUCGAAGAAGCGUCCAUGACCAGCUCCAUGUUCGACGCCAUAAACUCUGUAUUCCUACGGAAGAUGAACAGGCUGAGCGACGCCAUAUGGAGCAUGAUGGAGAAGGUCAGAACUUCCUUCGUCACGGACGAUUGCUGGACAGUCUCAUUGGCAGAGGUCGGUGGCGUCCUCAAGACCACCAGGCUGAUGAUGAACUACAUCAUGCUGCUGUCGCGAAACGAGCGUGCGCUCAAUCUCAUCCUGCAGGACAAACAACAACACCUGUCUCAACCCGAUCACUACUCGAGCUCGGUUGAUAUCGUCAUCAAGGAUAUGAUCUCUUGCUUGGAGAAUCAGAUGGAGAAGACAUCAAAUUUUAUCUCGGACCCUGGGUUGCGGUACAUAUUCUUGAUGAACAAUUGCAGCUUCAUUUCGCAGAAGGUUUCAUCCUUGCUCCUGCCGUCCUGGACUCUGUUCGAAGAUUACAAGAUCGAGAGGCCCAAGAAACGAGAUUCCAGAGGAAGACCUCCCCCAAUGGACGAUUACGUUAACCAGCCAGAUCCAAAUCUUCAGGAGCAAAUAGAAACGGACUCAAAUCUGGAUGGUCUUAUCAAGACCCAGAGUUUCAUAGAAGCUUACCUCGAUGCUUCUUGGGAGCCAGUGAUGUCUUGGUUGUACCAUGACAUACACAUACCUCGCGGCCUCCUGAACCUUGACGGGAGGCUGGAUAAAUUCGAAAAUGAGUUCAGGGAAGCUUACGCCAUGCAAAAGCAGUGGAAGGUUCCAAACCCUGAGCUUAGGAAGAGAUUGCGCAAAGCCGUCAUUGGGAAAGUCAUUUCAGGUUACAGCAAGUACUUGGCGGAGCGAACGGCCAAAGGGAAGAGCAAUAGGCCACCCAAGAACACUCCCCUUGCUUUGGAGGAGCUAUUGGAAGAGCUGUUCGAAGGAUGA